AUGGGCGACCCGGCGUCCGAGGCUCUGACCAAGUUCGGCCUGGCGCUGUUCAAGGAAGUGAUCGCGAGCAGCGACUCCACCGUUGCGCUCUGCCCGGCCGCCGCGGCGUCGUCGCUGGCGACGGCCACGGCGUGCGCGAAGGGCGAGACAGCAUCCCAGCUGACGAGCGCCCUGGGAUCAGCCAAGGGCGCGGACCUCCAGACGGCCGUCCUCAAGCUACAGCUGGCCUUCUCCAAGCCCGUGGCUGGCGCCGAAGUUAGCCUUGUCCACAGGGCGUUCACGGACAAGGGCGUCCACCUGGACGAGAACUUCGUGAAGAGCCUGGAGUCCCGGUUCCGGUGCGGCGUGACGCGGACCGACCUGCGCACGAGCCCGGAGUCGUCUGCGGACGCCGUGAACGGCUGGCUGUCGCACGCCACCGGCGGCCGGCUGGCCGGGCUGCUACGUCCCGACGCCAUCGACCCGUCGUCCAAGAUGAUGCUCGCCAGCGCCUUCUACUUCAGGGGCCUGUUGGAGCCACCGCUUCAGGAGAUGUCCGACAAGCUCAGCUUCACGCCGACCAUGUCGACCCGCGUGGAGGUGGAUGGCGUGUGCGGCGUGGGACAAUUCCUGUUCGGAGAGAUGUCCGAGCCUCCGGCCAAGAUGCUCGAGAUCCCGUACAAGGGCGGAGACACGGCGCUGCUCCUGCUUCUCCCAGACAGGGUGGCCAAGCUGAAGGAGCUCAAGGCCAAGAUGUCCCCCGCCUUCCUCAAGACGGUCCUGGGGCGCCUCAGCCAGAAGACUGUGCGCGUCGAGCUGCCUAAGAUGACGAUCGACUCGCACGUGGUCCUUAACACGCACCUCUUCAAGAUGGGUGUCAAGCAGGCGUUCCUGGACAGUGCCGACUUUAGCAAACUGGCACCGGGCGGUGGAGUCCGCCUCUCCGACGUGGUGCACAAGGCGGUACUUGUCCUGGACCAGGGCAACGUUGCCACCGACGACAAGACGACGUCCCCGACGAAAGAUAUGAAGGCGGACGCCGAGUUCUUGGUUACCCGGCCGUUUCUGUUCGUUCUGCGACGGCCCGGCGACGACUUGAUGUUGCUCGUGGGAGUCGUCAAGGCGCCACAAUGAACAGCGCCGCCCGUGCUCUUCAAAAACGUCGCAAUCCACACUCCCAGAAGAGCAUGUAUACGUAUAUCGUCCCGCGAAGAACGAGGAACAAAAAUCAUUGACUUUUCUUUAAUCAGUUUGACCAAUAAAAAGUGAACAGUAAUAGCAACGUUCCCACAUAUGUCACAUAAUCUCAAUGCAAGAAAGUACGAUAUUUUUUGUUUUUUGUUACGAUGGCCCAUGACAUAGC